CCCAUGGCACCUGUCUGGAAUCUCCAGUGUGUCCAAUUGAAUGAGCUUGACGUAGAGUGUUGUCGCUAUCUCCAGCAACAUCUCAUUGGGAAUUAUUUCCAAAUGAAAGUUCGAGUAAGACGGGAACCAUGCUUUUUGCUUCAUCCAAAUAUGCCUUCUACUUUAACAGCCGUGAACCCUCCUUCAAUUGAGUGUGACAUUAGGAGCUUCAUCAUCGAAUCUUGGGAUGAUAUACGAGAAAAUGGUCUAUCAAGAUUUGAAAGCAACUUAUCUUAUAAUCAUAUCAUUCCUGCAGAGUUCAUUCCAUCACUGGCACAGAAUGUGAUACAAUAUGCCAAUGAAUUGGUCCAAGGUUGUCCUCCAGGUUUCGGUUACGGUUAUGAGAGUCCGCACUUGACUUGGUUUAAGUUUGUUCUGGAUAUUACUGUUCCUGAGUUAAUUGAAGAUCAAGAUCUCAUCAUCAGGAACAUAAUGUGGCAGUCCGUCACCCAAAUGGCUUCUGAGUUAGGUGACAAUCAAGAUGACAUCAGGGUUCCUGAGUUGUAUCACAAUGAAGAUCACUUCAUGGAUUCUGAGUUAUAUGACAUGCUUUCUGAGUUAUCUAACAGUGUAGAUUACACCCUCACGUGGGAGCCCCUUGAAAUGGCUCCUACUUCAAUUGCCAUUGAAUCCCUAAAGAAAGUUAAGUUGGAAGAAGGUGCUGCCAUGGAAAGUUGUAGUAUUUGUCUAACAGAGCUUGGUGAUGGUGCUAGGGCAGUUUCAUCAACACCUUGCAAGCAUGUGUUUCACCAAGAUUGUCUUGUUCAGUGGCUAAUCAAAAGCCCUACUUGCCCUUUGUGUCGCUGCGCCAUCCCCACCUUGAUUGAUUACACUUGAUUUUUUGUCAUGUCUUUCUUGUAAUUCAAUAGUUGUUAGAGUU